CUUCCAUCGCGGCCGUCCCGCUCCCCCGGGUCCCGGAGGCCGCCCAUCCCCGCUCGCUCAGGUGCUCCGUCUGCCCCACUGCGCCCCAUGGCUUCUCCGGACGACCCUCUGCGCGCAGAUCAUGUGGCCAAGGAGCCUGUGGAAGACACAGACCCUAGCACUUUAUCCUUCAACAUGUCAGACAAAUAUCCCAUUCAAGAUACAGGACUCCCUAAAGCUGAGGAGUGUGAUCCAAUUACUUUGCCCUGCCCAACAAAUUCUGAUGUGCAACAUCAGGGAGAAGAAAAUGGCUUUCCAGACAGUACUGGAGAUCCCCCUUCAGAUGUAAGCAAUGACAACUCCUGUAAGGAGAACUGCACCUGCUCCUCCUGCUCACUCCGCGCCCCCACCAUAAGUGACUUGCUCAAUGAUCAAGACUUAUUGGAUGUGAUCAGGAUAAAGUUGGAUCCAUGUCACCCAACAGUCAAAAACUGGCGUAAUUUUGCAAGCAAAUGGGGCAUGCCCUACGAUGAACUGUGUUUCCUGGAGCAGAGGCCCCAGAGCCCCACCUUGGAGUUCUUGCUCCGAAACAGUCAGAGGACAGUGAGCCAACUGAUGGAGCUCUGCCGGCACUAUCACAGGGCUGAUGUGGAGAAAGUUCUGCGCAGGUGGGUGGAUGAGGAGUGGCCCAAGAGAGCGCUUGGAGACUACCCCAGGAACUUCUAGAGCACUUCUCCUGCCAGUUGACUUCUUUGAACAUUGAAACAACCUCGGGUUAAGGAGAAAUGUGAAUUUGUUCUUUUUUAAGCGUUUAGGAUAAAAAUAUGGAUUAGUGGUUUUUCCCAAAACUGGUGGUUUUGUGGAGGAGUAGGCUAAGUUUUGGGGGUAGAUUUUCAUUUGUUUGCUUUUGCACAUCUGUUUUAAUUUAAUAUUUGAUUCUAGAAUUGGGGAAAAUAUUUUGUGGGCUCAUAAAGACCAACACCAAAACCUACAAUCAGAGUGGAUUCAUGCCGUAGUGUCAAUAAAAUUACCCUCUCCCUUAAAUACUGCUGAAGGUUGACAUAGGAGCCAAGAUUGUUGAUGGACCCAAACAACCAUCAUCCAUGAGAUCCUUCAUGAUCAACAACAUUCUUAAGCUUAGAAGAAAACAACAAAGAGGUGUUGCCUGCUUGUUCUGAUUGUUAUUUGUUGUUGUUAUAAAGUACUUAGGUGAAUUAAUGGAAUAUUGGUAUUAUGUGUGACACCCUUCAGAACAUACGUGCCAUCUUUUUUAUUCAAAUACCUUAUUACCUGUGCACUAUCAAAAUGACAUUUGCUCAAGUGUCUUUGAAAGAAAUACAAAAAUGGCCUUGGAAAGACAGAGUUAAGAAUUAGUAGGGUAAUAAUAAGCACCAUGGGGAAAGUAUUUGAGUACUUACACUGCCCUUUGGUUACCCAAGACUUUUGAAAAUUAAAAUACUGACUUUUAUGUCUUUUAUAGAAGUCUGAGUGUUUCAUCCAUGAUAUGAAACUCAGUUACGAAAGAAACAAAGAUCACCUGACUCAUAGGUGAAAUGUACCACCUCUGGCACCUGCUCUCCUGGCUUAACCAGGCCCAUUAACACUACACAGCAGUUGAGCCAAGGAGGAAUCUUUACUGCAGGGAAAAAAGAGCUGUAUUAAAAUCCAAUUUUUAAAGGAUUUUAAACCUAAUAAAUAAUCGGACUCAGAGAGGGAAAGUAUGGAGAAGUAGCUAUUGAAGAGAUCAGACUUUCUAGGCUUUCUGGGAAAAAGGUGAGAGAAGGCAAAGGCUACGUUCAACAGUUUCAUAAAAGUGCUAUUUGGUUUUGGCUAUGGCUGUAGAAAAUUAAAUCACAGCAUUCAUUUUGGCUCUGGUUGUAGAAAAUCAAAAUACUCAUUCUGUGUAAGUUCCUGAUUAAAAUAAGCAAAAAUGAUGAAUAACGUGAUUGGCAUAAAAGGAAAAUGAGGAUUAACUGAAAAGAAAGUUAAUUUCUAAAUCACCACCAUUUUACCCUCACUAACGAUUACAGCAGUUGGUUUUUUUUUUAGUUUGCUAAUAUAUAAAGUCAACUUCAUCAUCAAAUAUAAGCUUUAAAUCAUGUAUGAUUUUAGCAAAAUCAUGUAUGAAGACGUAUUCAUCCCUUCUGAUUCCAUGUUAAUCACACCCAGUUCAUCUUCUCUUGUCAAAUUUAUCAGAUAACUGUCAGAUUUAUCACAAGAUGUAUUUUAAAUAACAGCCAGUAAUAAAAUGUAGAGAUUUUUAAAAACAGAUUCUUUUGCUAAUUGAUAUCCAAUGAGGUGCUUGCUAUUUAUUUAUUGUCAGCCCUGUCCCAGGACUGUACAGAACUCGGAUGGGGAUUCUAGUCUUUGAGGAAUUUGAUUUUACAUACUAUGUUCUCAUUAUGCCCCACGUAACAUGGUCUCAUUUGUUAGCCCCCAAUUUACUGCGGGAAAGUAGCCAUGCAUCUUGGCAUUCAUUAUUAACGUUUUAGGGAAAUGGAACUAGAAAGGUUGUGGUUAUUUCGCGUUGUGUGGUAGCAGAUGCCCGCAGUCCCAUGGUCGUCCUGGUACCAUGCCACCCCCUUGGGAUACAAGGAGUGGGUCCCCCACUGACCAAUGUCCUGCUAACUUCUGCCUGUCCAGCUGCCACCAGAAAGUCCCUUCCUUCCCCAGGCUUCUGGGGAACUCUCUCUCCUCCUUCAGUUAAUACUUCCCUUCCUCCCUCCCACAACUCCAAUUCUAACUCAAUCCAGUACCUGCAGGAAGGUUCUGUGACCACCACAGAGUCAGUGGGAGGGGGGACAGGGAAGAGAUGGAAGGGAAAACCCCUUUCUACUCCCUUUCCUCAGCCUACUCCUUUGUCCUCCCAUCUCCAGGCCUCAACCUCCCCCAGACAGAGUCCAAAGAAAAUAACAGGUGGGACCUGCUCCCCCACCCCCAGCCAUCAUUUCCAUUGAGGGAGGAUAGGAAGGGUGCCCAUAUUUACAGAGGAUCCCCCCACCUCUGACUGACAGGGUAGAAGAACAGCUAGAAAAAGAUCACUUGAGGGAGGGGGGUAUGGCUAUGACUCCCAGCCCCCAGCCCCAACCCUGUCCCUUUCCCUGCUGCCCUGUGCACUUCCCUAAUCGCCCAGGUUCUCAGCAAAGUGGACCUCAAGCUAUGUAGAAGUUUUUUAAAAUUUAGUAUAAGUUCUCAGUAUCCCAGAUUUAAAACCUGGAAAGUGUGGCAGAAUUUUCACAUGGAAACAUGGCUAUACAUGGUGACUAGGUUCUGGGUCUGUUCUGUCCUUCAAAAUUUUCUUGAUUAAAAGUUGUUCAUGGGCUGGCUUAAGAGCACUGGUCCCUAUUAGCACUGCUUCUGUGGGACACAUUUCCAAAAUUCCAAACUCAAAAUUCAAAUCUCAAAGCUGACUUUAAGUUGAAUUUAUCAUACACAUCUUAGACAUGGCUACUGAGCUUAGCUUUGAUUAAGCUUAAAAUGUUAAGACACAGAAUUCAGGUGGAUCAGACCUGGGCAGGGCUGACUGUGUACCUGUAUCUUUAAAUUCAGGAAUUACAGGAACACUGUGACCACAGGACCUUACUCAUCUCUCUAUUUGUCAUUAUUUCCAAAGUCUUGAUUACUAAUUAUUUUUACCACUGGCUGCAAACGUUUGAUAUUCACACCAUAAUUGCAUGGGGGAAGUGGUGGAAAUGCCCCUGGGGUAUGGCCAGGGUGAAAGAGAUUUUCUUUUAAUAGGGAAUUUGAUAAAAAUGGUGUUUUAUUUUGACUACCAUCAUUUGCAGAUACUAACAUCUGUAUCUAUUGGCAUAUACCUUAGGAAGUGCUUAAAUUGUUAGGAGCUUAAAGUGUUGGACCUUAAAAUGUUUGGCAGGAUUUCCCAUUAACAGUCAAGAUAAUUUGUAUGAACAAGUCACCUAUUUGUGU